AGGAGCCGCUCGGCAUCGGGGCGGUCUGGUCUGGCCUGAAAUGGAGACGGGGAUCGGGCGGGCUGUUUUGGUCUAGUCCGUGACUGGGUUCGGGCGCGGAAUCGGUGCCGCCAGGAACUUUUGAACGGUCGUUGCCGCCACUUCAUCAACCGUCGUUUCCCAAGGCAGAUUUUGUAACCCGUCACGAUGGAUUCUUUACAUGAAGAUGUUACGAUGCGCACUCUCUUUAAGGGUAUGAUUGCUGAAGAUGUUCCACAGAGUGUAGUACGGCCAGGGAAAUGGAGGCUACAAACAACUAAAGGUACUCCAAAAAAGUCCACUGAUGUUCAAACGCAGGAGUCUCCACGCAUGCUUCUCCGUAGCCAAAUGAAAGCAAAAAUCAGACGAACUCGGAAUCAAAUUACAGCAACAGCUGGAUCAUCUGCAAAGUACUCAACCAGAAGCAAAUCUUCAGCAUUGACAAAAUCUAAACGUUUUGAAGCAAUGCAUCAAGAGAAUGUAGAUAAUGACACACCAAGACAACUGUUGAAGAAAUUCAUGCAGACAGAACUGGAAUCCUCUUUGGUUAAAGUUCCGACUCCUAAAACGAAAACGUCUGUGAAAAAUAUGUCACAAUCCAAGACAAAAUCGCCGUCUGACAGUGACCGUUUGAGUUUAAAUUUGCCAGAAAAAGAUACCGAAGAACACACUUUGCCCGGAGACCUUAAGUUUCGUAACCGGAAGAAAGUAAGCGUUUCAGAGUUUGAAAAUGCGUUGCAGCAGAGACUCAACUAUACAACAGAACCUCAGGAAGGUGAAAAGAGCAUAAGACCUCCAGACAUCUCAACAAUAGUUGGUUACAGUUUGAUCAAUCCUGAUUUUGAGGAGUCCACUACAAAACCAAUUCUUUGUAGAAGACCUUUAAAACGCAAAGUAAUAAGCGAAGAUGAUUUUGAAGAGGGAGUGCACAACUAUUUGGAACAAGAUGAAGAACCUGACGAAAUUGAAAAAUCUGAAGCAUUUGAGAAAACUGGAGGAUUGACUGAUAUUUCAAGACUAGUUAGUUCAAUUAAUUUUGGUUUCGAUGAAACUGUGUCAGUACCAGUUCUGAUCAGAAGACCGAGAAGAACCAAACUCAUCAAUGAAGAUGACUUUGAAGGAGGGGUGCUUUUCCACCUACAACAAGCAGAAGAAAAAUCAUCUCCAGAAAUACAAGAAAUGGCUAGUGACAAUAAAGAGAAGGAGAAAUCUAUUACAAAUGCAGAGAUCAAUGAAGUUGGUAUUACUGAACUGUGCCCGACACCCCAGCAAACACAAAGUGAUGAGGCAGAGGCUGUUUCAAACGAAGAAGUGAGAAAUGAAUUUGGUCCGAACACUGGGUUUGACCAGAAAAAUCAAACGCAGUUUGCAUCAGAUGAGGAAGGAUCUAUAAAGACGCUCAAUGCAGGAAGAGAUGGGACUCAACAUCUCAUGGAAGCAAAGAUCUUGGCAGAUACAGACCCUCAGAUGGAGUAUGGAGCAGAGGAUUUCACUACCGAUCCACGCGGGGACGACACGCCUGUGGUUGCCGAUUUGGAGAUGCCGGAAAAGAACUUGCCAAUACGAGAUAGACAGGAGUCACCAUCGAUGCAGCACCCUGAGGGUAUGCUAGUUGAUGAAACAGUGGAAGGACAUGAUGUAAAGGAUGGAAGAGAUGAAGAUGGUGAAACUGUGGAUAUUUUGGGAGAUACUGGACGAAUGGAAUAUGCUGAAGAGGAUGGAGAGAAUGCAGAUGGUCCUAAAAUGGAUAAUGGAAGAGUGGGAACUGAAGGCGGUGAAAGCAGAAAAGAUGUUGAAGCAGUCACAGAAAGAAUGCAAGGUGCUAAAAUAAAAGAACUGGGAAGUUUAGAACUGGACAGCGAUAGUGCCGACGCAGCUGAAUUGGACAGCAGCAGUGCGGAUGUGCUCGUAUUGGACAACAACAGAGUGGAUGGGCCUGGAUUGGACAGCAGCAGUGGCAAUGCAGCUGGAUUGGAUGGCAGCAGAAAGGGUGCGUCCGGAUUGGACGGCAGCAGAAAGGGUGCGUCGGGAUUGGACGGCAGCAGAAAGGGUGCGUCCGGAUUGGACAGCAGCAGAAAGGUUGCGUCCGGAUUGGACGGCAGCAGAAAGGGUGCAUCCGGAUUGGACGGCAGCAUGGCGAGCGCAUCCGGAUUGGAUGGCAGCAUGGCGGGCGCAACCGGAUUGGAUGGCAGCAUGGCAGGCGCAUCCGGAUUGGACGGCAGCAUGGCAGGCGCGUCCGGAUUCGAUGGCAGCAGAAAGGGUGCGUUCCGAUUGGACAGCAACAGAAAGGUUGCAUCCAGAUUGGACGGCAGCAUGGUGGGAGCAUCCAGAUUGGACGGCAACAUGGCGGGCGCAUCCGGAUUGGACAAAAGCAGAAAGGGUGCUUCUGGAUUGGACGGCAGCAGAAAGGUUGCAUCCGGAUUGGACGGCAGCAUGGCGGGAGCAUCCGGAUUGGACGGCAGCAUGGCGGGCAUGUCUGGAUUGGACGGCAGCAGAAAGGGUGCGUCCAGAUUGGACGGCAGCAGAAAGGGUGCAUCCAGAUUGGACGGCAGCAUGGCGGGCGCAUCUGGAUUGGACGGCAGCAUGGCGGGCGCGUCUGGAUUGGACGGCAGCAUGGCGGGAGCAUCUGGAUUGGACGGCAGCAUGGCAGGCGCAUCCGGAUUGGACGGCAGCAUGGCGGGCGCGUCUGGAUUGGACGGCAGCAGAAAGGGUGCGUCCAGAUUGGACGGCAACAUGGCGGGCACAUCCGGAUUGGACGGCAACAUGGCGGGCGCGUCUGGAUUGGACGGCAGCAGAAAGGGUGCGUCCAGAUUGGACUGCAGCAGAAAGGGUACAUCCAGAUUGGACGGCAGCAUGGCGGGUGCGUCCGGAUUGGCCAGUGGCAGCAGAGCAGGUGCAUCCCGAUUGGACGAUGACAAGUUAGCUGGUGGUGAAACAGAUCAUGUAAGAAUGGAAAACACCGAAUCAGAUGGAGAUGCAGAAUCCGAUGAAAUGGAUGUGGAAGAAUUGAUGCACAACAUUGAAUAUGAGAAAGACGACAGUAAAGUGAGGCAGACUUUCCAGUCAAGUGAGAAGGUAUUGAAAUCCUCUCCAUUACUGACCACACCACACUUUCUCAAAAUACUGGGUAGACGGGCACAGAAACCACUUGCAAAAGUAAAUAAUCCAAGAAAGCCAAAACAAAUUCGAAAGAAAACAGUUUUGCCAAGCAGCUUUGUGAAGUCUGUGUUUAACCACUAUGCCAAAAUGAGAGUGAAGAAGGAGUCAUUUGGAGCAAUUAACCAGUGCCUGGAGUUGUAUUUCAAACAGCUCUGUGAUGAUAUGGAUGUUUACAGCAAACAUGCUAAAAGAAGAACCAUUGAAAAAGAAGACUUGGAACUGCUAAUGAAAAGACAGGGUUUUGUGACUGCCAAGAUGCCAUUGAAUGUCCUCAUUGAAAACCAUCUAUCUAUGGAAUGCAGAGAAAAGCUAAUUCCAAUGGCUGUCAGCGGGAAUAAGAUGAUUCCUAAAAAAUAGCCCGCAUGUAUAAAAGCGAUUGUCUCCACAAACUACUUGCUUUUGAUUGCUAAAUUAUAAACUAUAAAUCUACGUAAGCAAGUAGAAAUGCUUCACUUUUAUGAAGAUCAAAUGUCGAAAUAAAACUAUUUUAUAAACUCUUCAAA